UGCAGAGGGAAUUCUGCUCGCCAGUGGAUUAGUUCGCUAUUCUUGCACACAACUAACACUUUUACACAGCUGAACCCGGCUUCAGUGUUGGGUUUGUAAAAAACGAGCGUGGCUUUCAGGGCGGAGGAUUGAGUUCUUGUGCCUGUUAUUUGGAAAUUAAAGCCAGCGAGAGUAAAGCUGUUGGAUUUCUGAUGGCAGCGGAGUGGAAAGAGUGAAGUUCGACGACGACACCAACGAGAAAAAGACAGUUAUAAUACGUUCACACGCUGUUUUGCAAGCCACAGUGCGCCUUGUGCAGAAGAAUGGGAUUUUAGAAACAGAGAAAGGAAGAGCCUUGGGAGUUGUGGUAGCAAAAAACACACACAUUGAAAAUGGAAUUGGGACCUACAGAUGUAAUGGAGCGCAAAGGAGCGCUGACUUUGCGCUCCAAUUCUGCAUAUUAUGGAAGACCCACUCUUGUGUACCGCUGGUACUACAACAGAGAGGCUGAACCUAAAGAUUAUGACAUACAUGAAAUUCCUCUGGGAUUUAAAAACCUCUGUCGUUCUACCUACUGGCGACUUGGAACCAUGGAUCAGAAAUGGCUGACCACGUAUCAAGACUAUUCAUCUCAACCCUAUAGAAUUAAAGAAUACAAGGAGCUGGAAAUGCAUACGUCUGUGUUGGAUAAGGAUAAUUUUGAACUAGCUGUUCUUGACAGGGAAACAGGACUACCUGAAACAGGUGUGGGAGCUGUGUUGCCACAUCACUCUCCUGAUCACUUUAAAAUGCUGCUGGACACAACAUAUAGAAUAGACUAUGUUCCACCAUAUGACUAUCAACCCUAUAUUACACCAGAAGCAGGUGGCUAUUCCAUAGUUCACAGAAAAUGUCAUUCUCAGUUUACUGACACAGCAGAUUACAGAAGGCAUGGUAUCAACACGUGGCAAGAUGAAAGUGGAGUGUAUGCCAACACAGAUCUAAAGCAAAAAGUAUUUCCUGUAACUAACCCUAUACUAACAAAUGUUGAAAAUGAUGCAUAAGAACUAGUACAUCUACAAAAAUAAAGAUUAUCUACAUAA